CCCUUCAGGUUUUGGAGGGAAACUCGGGCGCAGCGUGCGGGGUCUCCAGGGGGAGGGGGUGUAAGCAGUGGCCCCUCAAAGUGAGGGAGAGAAUGAGGGAAAUGGGGAGGUUUUGAGCUGGGGGGGAGGUUCUUUGAACCCAUCUGCUCAAUCCUGGGUUCUCUGAGCCCCCCUACCAGCUAUAUCCCUGUGCAGGGGCCCGAAACUGACACUGUCUUCCUAGCCUUUAUGGGCUUUUUGUUGCCCCCAGACAGGGGUGUAGCUCUACUUGAACGGAUGGGUUCAUAGAACCUCACCCCCCCCCCACCACCACCAAACUCAAGAAAAUAAAAUCCAAAAUGAAAUGUAAAAGGACCCAUUUUUGCUGGCAUUUUAAAUCUUUUUAGUCAGAGCUAUGCUUCCCCCCCCUAUUUUUAGCUUGAUAUUUUAAUUGUGUGAUUAUUAUAGUCUUUUAGAUUUUUUGGUGUGAACCGGGAUUGUUUUAAUGAAAGGCGGUGUACAAAUUCAACAAUUAAAUAAAUAAACUAACUCACUCCUUGGCGCCCUCCAGCUCCACCCCUCCCUAUCUUCUUCAUUAUCUCCCUCACCCCAAGGGGCUGCCGGAGAGAGGGGUGAACACAGCCCCUCUCCCCCAAGGACACCCCUGCGGCCCCAGAAAUCAGACCAAGGUGUUUGCAGGAAACCGACCCUGUAUUCCUAGCCUUCUGCGUCCAAGACCCCAAAUGAUGAACCCCGUAUUCAUAACGCAAAGAAACAGCAUCUGAUGUAAAAUGACAUAAAAGAAGACGAAGGUGUUUGCAGGAAAGUGAUCGUGUAUUCAUAACCUUAAGGAUUCUUCCUUGCCCCCAAGAAAUAAAAUCCACCCUCCUUGCCCCCAGAAAUAAAAUGCAAAAUGAAACUUUAAAAGACACAUUUUUGCUAUGUAAACCAUUUUGUAAGUUACAGAAACCGCUUUGUAAGCACUAUAUACAUGUUUCCCAUCAUGUUUUUGAAACAGAAGACAGGCUGAAUCUAAGUUUGCUCAAGUAACCAUUCUGCCUUCAAAAAACAAAACACUAUUAUAAGUCGUUCACUUUGUUGGCUUCUUUUCUUGUAUUUUUGGUGCUCUUUCGAUCAUAAAUUGAGCGGGUCAAGAAAAAAAGCCCUCCAUACCCACCCAAAGUGGAAAAUGUAUUACAGACAUAAGUUGCUCAUGUUUUGUUUUGUGUGGACAAAAUGUUUUGUUUGUUGAACAAACAGAUCAGCCAGGUCUUCUAUUUCAAAAACAUUAUUACAAAUAUUUAUAUAUUCCUUACAAAGUGGUUUACAUGGCAAAAUAUGAGCCUUGGGGGGAUUUUAAUAACAGCAAGUCUAUUUUAAAUAUAUUUAUUACAUUUCUUUCCUGGCCUUCAAGGAGCUCAGGGAGGCAUACAUGUUCAAUGCCUUCCACUGCCACCCCAUGAUGUUGGAAGGUUCAAAUAAGGAAUAAGGAUAAUUUCUUUUGUAGACAGUGUUACUAAUAACACAGAAAAGUUAAACUGGUGUGUAAGCCAAGGGGCUACAAUGACCAUCUGGCAUUAGUAACUCCAUAUUGAAUAAUUAAAAUGAUAUGAACAAAACCCCUUGAUGUCCUAGUUCUCCCCAAUGAUGUGAUAAUUUGACAAUUCAUUGUGUACUAUUUAAUGGGUGUUGCUUUGGAGGCUGUUCUGAGUGGAAACCUGACUCAGAAAGAAAUAUACACAUAAAGCAUGGAACUCCUACAAAGGGGCAUUAAUGUCUAUAUAUACACACCCUUCUCUCAUGAGUUGCAUUUUAGGGUUGUCACACUAAGGUUAAAGACAUCAUUGAUUCAUCAUGUGAGUUUUAGUUGACUGCUUAAUCAAGGAAUUAAAUUUGCAUAUAAGUAAAAAAUAUUGUGAAGCAAAAAUAAUACAUUGUAUAUAUUUUUAGACAAUGUACAUGUAUAUCAUAACAGGCAUCAUUUUAUAAGAGGCGUUCUCUUCUGUGUGAGAGAAGGAGGUAUGCCUCAUAGAACUGUAGAGCUGAAGGCGGGCUUUCUAGACCACUUCCCUUCUCAGUACAAAUCUGGAGCAUUGCCCUGUUGCUGCUUUAAGACUUCCAGUGAUUACCUCCUCCCCAUGUAAUUGGUUCCAUUAUCAAAUAUAUUUAACUGUUAGGAACAUAGGAACACAGAAAGCUGCCUUAUACCGAUUGAGACCAUUGGUUCAUCUAGCUUAGUAUUGUCGACACAGACUGGCAAUAGCUUCUCCAAGGUUGCAGGCAGCAGCAGCCAUAUCUUGGAGAUGUCAGGGAGGGAACCUGGAACCUUCUGCAUGCAAGCAUGCAGAUGCUCUUCCCAGAACGGCCCCACCCCCGAUGGGAAUAUCUUACAGUGCUCACAUGUCUCCCAUUCAAAUGCAAACCAUGGCUGACCCUGCUUAGCAAAGGGGGCAAUUCAUGCUUGCUACCACAAGACCAGCUCUCCCACCAAAGCUCCCCUCCUUGCCAAACAAAGUUGACAAGUUUCUCCUAACACUGAGCAGAAAAUGUAUUAAUUUUUGUAAACCCAUGCAAUUAAAAUCCCAUUUCUUAAGGCCUACUUGAUAUCAAAAGAUCAGAUAUCAGUUGUAAAGCAGCAGCUUUAUAAGAAUAGCUGCUGGAAGCCUUAAAAAGGUUUGCUUUUUAAACCUUUAAAUCUGUUUAUGGCAUGGUUCUUAUUGCAGGUGUUUUGUGCUAAUAUUGAUUGAUUUGAUUGAUUGAUUGAUUUAGCAAAACAACAUAGCUAGUGAGGUCAUUCACACAAUGUGCUACCUGGGUUUGAGAGCUGUAUAUGCUCCCAAUUUUCAGUUGUGUGGAAGCAAGGUUAGAGGAAAACCUGGGUAGAAGUUAUUGUGUGGAUGUAAGGUAGGAGGAGAACCUGGGUAGCUUUUCCUCCUACCUUGGGGCUGUUCUUACCAUCAGCCAAAACUGGGCUAAGAAAGCCAAGUUUUGGCUAAUUCUAAGAACUACCGGGAGCUGCAUAAAACAUAAAUUGUAUGUUUAUUUAAGGUUUAUAUACAAUCUUAGGGUUGUUUAUAUACAACCUUACAGCCUAAGGCUGUAAUCCUAAUUAACAGGAGGAUUUACCUCUGAGUAAGCAUGCUUGAGAUCAAGCUUUUAAGAGCUGUCUUAAUUGUAAUCCAAGACUCUAACAGCUUGGAAUAUUGUGUGUUAGGAGUUGUAGCUCACUCAGACAUCAGCACCAUUGUAUUAAAAAAUAUUUAAUGUUAGCAUCCAUCAUUUCUACAUAAUGUACACGUUAGAUAAAAAUGAAGGGGAAGAUUAUAUACUGGAUCCUGUUUUACAAGCAACUCACCAAAUGCAUACUUAAUCUAGGAAAAAACUAUAAUUGAGGAAGAUUUUGUUCAAUUUGAUUGAAUAAAUAUAUUAUAUGUUUGUAUAUUGUACCCUUAAUCUUCCUCAAUAUAUAUAGUCCUGUUGUUCAAUCUAACUUGUUGUCUCAAACAAAGCAAAUGGUGGCUGUGAUUGAUUGUUUUGUGCAAAUUAAAUGCAGGUUGUAAUACACCAUAUUACAAAUAUAAACAGGCUGUGUUGGCAUUCUUUCAAAACUUGCUUUUUUUGAACCAUAGAGACAUUUUAAAAAUUCUUUAAUGCUAUUCCCCCCUGUUCUUUCACAUACAGUAUACGCACUAGGCAGAUUACAUAACCACACAGAGAGAGCAGCUGCAAGAUUAGAUGAUACAGAUUAGAGAUUACGUUGAUUCAGCAGAUUGUCCUAUGGAUGUCUGAGAAAGAUUACACUAUAGGAGUAAAGAAUACCUGUUUCUACAGGGUAAGCUCCAAGCUAAGUUGAACAAAUUAACUCAAUACAAAAUUGCAUUUUACAAUAUUUUAAAAGGAAAAAUUAAGAUAGUCAUGAACUGAUAGAAUUGUUAACCUUUCAUUGAUAUGUCCUUGGGCAUUGUGUAAAUCUGUUAAUAUUAAACUGUUUUUGCAUACUUAAAAAUGUACACACACACAACCUGUUUUUCCAAUCAAUCAUUUAAAUAAAUUGUUUUAAAUAAAAUUUAAAAUAAUUUCUAUAAAUAAAUUAUAUGCUGUUCCAUAAUUAAAGCUUGCCAAAUUUUAAUUUCUAGCAAUAAUGUGCCUGCCUGUUUGUUUGUUUGUUUGUUUUUACAAAUCCUAAGAACAUAAGAACAGGCCUUCUGGAUCAGGCCCAAGGCCCAUCUAGUCCAGCAUCCUGUUUCAUACGAUGGCUCACCAGAUGCCUCUGGGAAGUCCACAGGCAAGAGGUGGACCCAGGGACAAACCAGAAUUCACAUCAAUUUGGUGCCGUGACAGUCGGAUGUGACUCUGGGUGGACAGUCUGACAUGUCACGGGACAGUGAGAUCCAGCGUGCCCCACAGCGUUUUGUCUGUGGAGGAUUCUCAUGGGCCCCGAGACGCGCCAGUCGUUACAACGCGCCACAUCUGGGAAUCGAGGCAAAAGCCUGAGGGAGAGGCGAGAAAUCCAAAGACGUCUUGCUUUGGUGGCAAGAUCACUAGCAUCAACUUUACACUGACUGAGGAAUCCCCCCUACCCCCAUCAACACAAAGAAAAGAUGAAUACUCUUAGGUGACAAUGUCUGCUCACUGUGACUAUACCUUGUGACAUCCCAAAGAAAUGCAUGGAGACUCUUGCAUGUUAGUUACAGCUAGGCACACCAGCAGAUCUACAUGGUACACCAGCACAGGGGACUCCCAUUGUAUCCUAAAGCACACCAGCCAGUGCAGAUGUGGCAUAGCUUUACUCCUUUGGUGAGCAAAGUUGAUUCCAAUGGGAGAGAUCGUCUUUGACAUGAAUUCUGGAGCCAGUGCACAAAGAAGAAAAAUCUUGAUAAUCAGGAUACUUAAAGAAGCAGUAAAGGAACUGAGCCUCCUUGUAAGAAACAUCAUUGUCUGAUGAUAUUUAUACAGGCAGUUGUUGAAGGCCUGUGACCAAGAACAACAAAUUGUUGUCAGAAUAAUAUGCGAACAGAUCAUGAAGAACUCUGUGGCAGCAGUUAUGGCAAUUUCUGUUUGAAUGGUGGGACUUGUUACACGUUACCUACUGCUUCCAGCCCUUUUUGCAGGUGUACUGAGAAUUAUACAGGGCCUCGUUGUGCCGAAAUUUUUCUCCCCAGCAUCAAGAACCAUCCAGGAGGUGAACUGUUUGCUGCUUUGCUGGCUUCAGUGGUUGUUCUGAGUGUUCUGGUAGCUGGAGCAUUCUUCUUCCUUUGCAGGAAGGGCCAGAUCCCACGGACCACUUCAAUAGAGCAUGGUGACACCCUGAUUGAGGCAAACAGCAGCAAUGGUUGCAAUAAGAUAACCGAAUAGAGAGACCAAAGCAAGAAACUAUGGGAAGGGAGCAAGUGGAGCAGGCCUAGAAAAGCUAAAACCAGGAUGGAGAAGAUGGUAAGACGACUGAACCAAGGAGAUAUUCAGGACAAAUAGUACCAGUUGGAGGAAAAUUGUCAAUAGGAUCUUUCAAGAUAAAACAGAUUUAGUGGGCUGCUUGCUUACUUCCAAGGAGGAAAAGCUGAUGUUUGCAACUGUAAAUGUUUCCUUUGUGAUGUUCUCCUAAGAUGUUCAAACGAUUUUGUAUUUAAUGUUGUAACAUGGGGAAUACGUAAGUUUGAAUACACUGAUAGCAUGAGAUAACAGAGAUCUCUACCACACUGCAACCCUGUUACCAGAACAGCUGAACAGCAUCAUGGAGUCAGAGGGGAGGGAUGCACAUACUAUAAUCCGAAUCUCCACUUUGGGAUACAUGUCCAGAUUUUAACUUUUUUUAAAAAAAAAAAUACCGCUGUCAUUUUCUUUAGCUAAUGUAAAAUGGGAAACUUUUCAGUAUGCACAUUCUGUACAUGAAAAUAAGAAAGCUUUGAAUUAUAAAAGGAAUGUAUUUUGGAAGAGUCGCCACACUGUCUUUGGCAUGCAUACCUAAUAUUAGGCAAAGGUCCUUUCUUGAUUCUAUUCUUCUGGUCCCGGCAACAUUUUAUUUACAUAAUUUUAUUACUGUGGAACAUUUCAGUAUUAGCCUAAAUAAUAGUGGAGAACAACAGGGACGCUCCCAGCCCCACUGGUCCAUAUUUAAAACAAGAUCUGCUAUUCAAAAGGGUUGUAGUACUUAAAGUUCUGGGCAGCAAAACUAACACCACCACAAUUAGCAAGCUUCCUGCCACUUUAGUGGCUUAUAAAAGCACUACUGAAGGAGAGCCACAUUGACACAGUCACUAGAAUCAACAAGGGGAGGAAAUAUACAUGCAACAGAAUGGUCUUCUCUUGGAUUUAAGUGCACUCAUUGAUUUACUAAUGAGCCUGUUGAAAGGAAAACCAUGAAAAAACAUAUUUCCCUCAUCUUAUUCUGUUUUUGGAAAAUAUAAGGCAUACUUUCUACCGGAGUGAACAAAAAGGGUAUAAGUGGAACCACAGACACUACAAAAAAAUUAGCGAGUCUGCUUAGGUGGAAACAAUGAAAAAAUGUUAGGGAUGCUAUCCAAAUGCAGAAUAUGAAAACCCGUGAUAACACAUGGACUUGUUAUGCUGAAGAAAAAGUCAGUGUUUUUCCUGAAAAAUACUACAUAGUCUAAAUCAAUAUUUCAAAAUGGGUUCUUAGGAAAAAACAGAGUGCUUCUUAAUUGGCUUGUGUGUGUUUUUAACAGCUCACUUUUGCUAGUUCUGUGCUUUAGGCUGUUUGGUUUUACUUGUUUUUGUGGGUAUUUAUAUUGUGUAAUUGUUUUAUUUUUGUAAGCUGCCUUGAAGGUAAAAAAUAGUGGAAAGGAGAGAUAUAAUGUUUUUAAAAAUAAACUUUAUCUCCCAAUAUAACCAACUCUCUCAUGUAAUUUUCAGGAAUCCAUAACACUGUUCCCAAAUACUGCUAGUAUUUUACAGGACCAAGUAUAUGAUAAUAAAUGUUUGGUGCUUAUGUUUUUGCAGUUGUCCAACACAGAAUGUAAGAGGUAUGUGAAAAUGCUGAGAUGAAUCAAAAUCAUUGAUAGGGAUGUGCGAAAUGUUUCAGGUACAGAACGAUCUGUACCCGAAACAGUGAAUUUUGGGUGAUUCGGAUCUGAACUGAAUCACCCACGAAGAGCCCCGAAUAAUUUUGGAUCCGAAACGAAUCACCCCUGUUUCGGAUCCGAAAUAUUCGGAUGUUUCGGCCCUCCAUUUUGUGGCCAAUAGAUCCCCCUCCAUUUUGAGCAAUGACGUAUAUUUGAAUUUCCCGCCUUUUUGCCCCCCAUUGACUUCAAUGCAAAAAGGUCUGAUAUGAUGUCUGCUCAAAUUACGGGUCCAAGGGGCAAAAUAGUGGGGUGGGGUGGUAGUGCCUAAUGGGUGAAGGUUACCACCCCAAUUGCAGAGGGAUUGGGCAAAGGGCUGAUUUUUGGUGAAUUUCUGAAGUUUUAGUGUCUUUGGGGCAGAUCCGGGGCAUAACGUGGGAUCUGGGUCAAAAGUGUGGAUUCUGAGUGUGGAUUCUAUGAUAGCAAAUGAGAUUUUCAAUGAGACACCAUGAAUCCACUCUAAUUUGCUAUCAUAGAAUCCACACUCAGAAUACCGCAGAAACAACAGAACCCUGUACGCCAUGGGUUAGAAACCCAUGGGUGUGGUUGGCACCCUAUGUGCACUACACCACCACUCGCUCUGGGCCACCCCAGCACCCCCCAAGUGCACUUAUGGGGCUGUUGAAAGCUCCAUUAUAUUAUAACUUAUGAGGAAAAACCUUAAAGAUGCAUAAACUUCAGCAAUUAACCAAAAAUCAGCCCUCUGCCCAAAUCCUUUGAAAAAAUUCAGGUAGCUUCCUUGCCCCUACCCGGCACUACCACCAACCCCACACCGCUCUAGGCCACCCCUUUCCCCCGACGUGAAGCGAUACACCCUCCAUUAUACCUAAUGGGGGAAAACCUUAAAGACGCGUAAAUUUCAGAAAUUCACCAAAAAUCAGCCCUCUGCCCAAUCACUCUGCAAUUGGGGUGACAGCCUCCACCCAUUAGGAACUACCACCCCACCCCACUCUUUUGACCCAGAUCCCACGUUAUGCCCCCGAUCUGCCCCAAAGACACUAAAACUUCAGAAAUUCACCAAAAAUCAGCCCUUUGCCCAAUCCCCCUGAAAUUUGGGUGGUAGCCUCCACCCAUUGGGCACUACCACCCCACCUCACUAUGUUGCCACUGGGACCCGGUUUUUAAUUCAAAUCAAUUCGGAUUCGGAUUAAUUCGGAUCCGAAUAGAAUCAGGGGUGAUUCGGAUGGGCCAUAUUCGGAUACAAAACAGAACAGGGGUGUUUUGGUUUGGAUCCGAAUUGAAACACCAAAAAUCCGAAUUGCACACCCCUAAAAAUCAAUUAGUUAAAACAAUAGUAGUUAAAAUAGACAAAAUACUGUUAAAUACCAGGAAACUAUUAGGUAAUAUUGAGAAAUUCCUGUCUUCAUGCAUUCAAAGGCAAGAUCAGGUAUAUUAUUUUUCCUAAACUUUAAAAAGGUGCUUGAUUGUACUGAAUUGAACUUUACAUGAUGGAUAGGCCUAGAAAACAAAAUAAAACUGAUCUUCAGUGAGUUUCCAAAAGCUAGAACUGGUAAAAGAGUCUCAGCACCUUCUUAAUGUACACAAGGGACAUGGUGUAGUUAUUCCUCUGUUCUGUUGGAACUAAUCAGAAAUCUUUAGACCUAUAUUAGACCUUCAAGAAAUACAGUGGUUAAAACCAAGUUCAGGUCACAAAACAUUUCUGUGAAUAAAUUAUAUCUUUCGCUCUUUAAA